AUUUAGAGAAAAAGAGAAGGGCUUGAGGGUACUGUGCCUGUGUCUGCGAUGCUUACCUGGCCGAAGGGGCUGCUGCAGCUGCUUCUGCUCCAGACCGCCUGGAAAAUGGGGAGCGGCCAGCUCCAUUAUUCUGUGCUGGAGGAAUCCCAGCACGGCACCUUUGUGGGCCGCAUCGCCCAGGAUCUGGGGUUGGAGGUGAGCGAGCUGGUGCCUCGGAUGUUCCGGAUGCUGUCCAAAGGAGAGAAGGACUAUUUUGAGGUAAACCUGCAGAAUGGGAUCUUGUUUGUAAAUUCCCGGAUAGACAGGGAGGAGCUGUGUGCCAAGACUGCAGACUGUGUCCUUCAUCUGGAGGUGAUUGUGGAGAAACCUCUGAGGUUCUUCCAUGUGGAGGUGGAAAUCAAAGACAUGAAUGACAAUGCUCCCGUCUUCUCUGCCAGAGAAAAGAUCCUGAGCAUAUCAGAAUUCAUAACCUCUGGCACCCAGUUCCUAUUAGAAGGAGCAUCUGAUGCAGAUAUUGGUACUAAUGCUCUGUUAAUUUAUAAGCUCAGUCCAAACAACCAUUUUGCUCUUGAUUCAGGAAAUGAUGAAGAUGGGAGUAAAUCUGUAGUACUUGUGUUAAAAGUUCCACUUGACAGAGAGGAGAGCCCUGUGCAUCAUUUAGUACUGACAGCCACUGAUGGGGGUGAACCAAAACUCACAGGAACUGUUCAGCUGGUCAUCAAUGUGCUUGAUACUAAUGACAACCCCCCUGUAUUUAACCAAUCUGUUUAUAGGGUAAAGUUGCUAGAAAAUACAGCUAGUGGCUCAUUAGUUAUUAAUCUGAAUGCUACAGACAUAGAUGAGGGGAUUAAUAGGGAAAUCUCUUAUUUUUUCCAUGAUAGCAUCCCUCUACAUGACACAAGGUUGUUUAGUAUAAAUUCUGAUAUUGGAGAAAUCAGAAUAAUUGGAAAAUUGGAUUACGAAGAAAGUAAGUUCUAUGAACUUCCAAUUGUAGCAGAAGAUAAAGGCAAUUCUCCAUUAUCAGGGCACUGUAAAGUUCUCAUUGAAGUGUUGGACAUGAAUGACAAUAUUCCAGAAUUAUCUGUGAAUUCUCACUUUGUGCCAUUGCCAGAGGACUCUCCUCCAGGGACUGUGGUAGCCAUCCUCAGUGCUUCUGACAGGGAUUCUGGCAUCAACGGACAAAUCAACUGUUUCCUCUUGCCCACUGAUGUACCCUUCAAACUCGAGUCCACAUUCAAGAACUACUACUCCCUGACUGUUGGUGCAGUCCUAGAUCGAGAGCAGGUGGCUGAGUACAGGAUGGUUGUGACAGUGGAAGAUCAGGGUGUUCCAGCCCUGUCUUCUAGCGUCAGCCUCUUAGUGCCUAUCAGUGACAUAAAUGAUAAUGCUCCAAUUUUCUCACAGCCCUCCUACACAGUCUUUGUGAAGGAGAACAAUCCUCCUGGUGCUCACAUCUUCACAGUAUCUGCCUCAGACCCAGACGUUGCUGAGAAUGCCCUGAUCACCUAUUGGAUAGACGAGAAGCUGUGGCCAUUGUCAAGCUACAUCUCUGUACAUUCGGAGAGUGGAAAGCUCUAUGCUCUGCAGUCCUUGGACUAUGAGGAGUUGAAACUGCUGGAGUUCCAAGUGAGAGCCAAGGAUGCUGGAAUGCCCUCCUUGUAUGGCAAUGCGACUGUUCAGGUCUUUGUGCUGGAUGAGAAUGACAAUGCACCUGCCGUGUCAGGAUCAUUAGAAGAGAAUCUGAUUCUUCUGGUGGUCCCCAUGAUGCCUGGGCAUAUUGUAGGCAAGAUCCAUGCCUUGGAUGCAGAUUCUGGCUACAAUGCGUGGCUCAGGUACAAACUGCUUGAAGAAAACAGCAGUCCAUGGUCUGUGAGCCAGUAUAGCGGUGAGGUGAGUACCAAAUAUCCUCUGGAUGAAUCGGAAGGAGGCAAAAUCCAGAGUGUUCUGGUUUUGGUGACGGACCAUGGGAAGCCUCAACUCUCAGCCACAGCCACCCUGAGUGUGUCACUGGUGACAAGUGGUCAGACAAUCAAAACGGAUAUUAAUCUUCGAAGGGCAGGGGAGAGCUUUGUGCCCCUUGUGGACUCGAUCAACAUCUAUCUGAUCAUUGCCAUCUGCUCUGUUUCCAGCCUCUUCUUGCUGGCCACUCUCAUCUACGUGGCCCUGCGAUGCCACUGCAAGGCAAAGGAAUCCAUGGUUUAUGGCCCUGGCAUGGCCACCCUGGUCUGUGCCAGUGAAGUGGGCAGCUGGUCCUAUUCCAAUCGCCACAGCCACAUCCUGGCAGGGGUGAGCGCAGAGGCUGGUGCCAAGAGCGACCUCAUGAUUUUCAGUCCCAACAUUCCUAUCUUUUCAGAUAAUGGGGAACUAAUUAAUGGGGUUGAUGUGCCCCCAGAUUCUGCUAAAAAGAUGAACAUUAAUCAGUGAUUUUUCCCGUAUUGAUAGUUUUGUUAUUUGAUGAAUCAAUUCUCAAUGAGAUGCCUUUUUUGUGACAAUAUUUAUGGAUAGUGUGUGGAUUGCAAAUUCUCUGAAUGUUAUUAAUCUGUUAGAUGCACAGAACUUUAUUUGUAAGUUGAUUUGGGGAUUCUAUGUUAUUAAUAUAGUGUUGGUAAAUUUAGAAAUAGAAUGUAUUGUAAAGGGGUUAACAGCUGGAUAGUUCAUUUGUAAUACAGAAAUGAUAACUAGUAACUGGAUAGUCCUAUUUCUAGAAUGAUCAAAGUACUAGAGCUCUCUAAUCCAAACUGGAAUGGCCUUCACAGUUUAACAACCAUUAGGUGGAUUCUUUUAUCCUGUUUUUAUUGCAACAUCUGCAGUGUCAUGCAUUUUGAGGUUGGAAGGAAUCAAGUGAUGUUUCCAAGCCAAGGUCCCUCCCAAAACUUACAUUCUAUAAUUCUCUUCAAAUCUUUGAGAAUAGCAUCAAUUUAGUAUGUGUUUUUGGAGUGGGGGAAGGAUUAUGUCAUAUAAAAAACCUAGGGCUUUAUUUUAUGUAAUUCAAUCCUAUCUGAGAAAAUAGAUGAAAUGUGGAGAAAGGAAAUCCUUGCAGCCUUCAACAAAAUAAGAUUUGGAGAUCUAAGGUUUCGACAGCCUGAGAUUGGUAUUCUAUUUCUAUAAAAAUAGAAAUUUCCCAGAAAAGACGCCAGAGCCAAGAAAGACAAAGAGGUCAGGACUGAACCUAACAAGGAAUUUUGAGGAACUUCUAGAAGAGACCGGAAGCAGUAUUACAAGAUCUGUGAGAACAUGUAAAUGGAAACAGACGUGGGGGAAAAAGUGAAUAUCUUUAAAAAAAUCUCCAAACUCAAAAGGAGGUUCCAACUUUGAAUUGCACUAAUGGGGAGAAAGUAACUGAUUAAAAAAACUCAAAUCAAAAGUGAAAGGAGUCAUAGCAGUGUGUUUUCCGCUGUUUUGAGGAAGCUUCACUGGAUCCAUUUGUACUUGACCAUUUGGGGCCAGUUUCCAAAAGGAGGAGGAGAAGAUGGUAGUGCUACGAUUAUAGAGGGUCCUGGAGAUAACUGGUUAUUUGGACUUCUUUCAGUCAGGUUUCUGGCCUGGACAUAGCUUGGUUAUGCUGGUGUAUGACCUUUGGUAGAACUGGGAUGGUGGUUGUGCAAUCAAGCUGGUUCUUCAUUUUCAAAUAAUAUAAUUUUAUUAAACCUAUUGGAGUAUAAAGUCCAAAUGAAAACAGUGGGAAAAGGGGAAAGGGGAAAGAGAGAAGUGUAGGAUGAAGGAGACAAAAGAUAAAGCAUUAACUUCUAACUUUUUUAGAGCAGUAGAAUGAACAUAAAACCAUUACAAUGUGAACUUUAAUGAAAAUAGUGGGAAAAAGGGAAAAGGGGAAAGAGAGAAGUAUAGGAUGAAGAGGAGAAAAGAAAAAAGCAUUAACUUGUGACAUCUUAUACAUCUUUGACAAUUUAUUGGGUGUUAAAUACCAAUGGUACAUCGUUUUAUAAAAAAGUAUAAUGCAAUUUAUUUUUUUCAGUGUAAAUUUCAAACCCUUUGUCCACAUGUGUUCCCAUUGUUCAAGCAUUAUAUUAAACCACAAAUUCUUUGCCCAGUGAAUCUUGCAUUGCUUCACAUAUUCUCCAAAUUCAGUUUCAAUGAUGUUUAUAAACCUUGGCAAUAUGUUCAUCAUUACCACACAAUACGAUUUCAAAUUCAUACUUUUCUGUCUAGUUUAAAUCUUUCUUUUAAUUGUAUAUAAGUAAACCAAGGACAGAUACAUUCUUCUGACUCUAACUCUUCUUAAGAUCUGUGUUGAUGCAGUGGUUAGAAUGCAGUAUUGCAGUCUAAUUCUGCUGAUUGCCAGGAGUUCGAUCCUGACUAGGCUCAAUGUUGACUCAGCUUUCCAUCCUUCGGUAAAAUGAGGACCCAGAUUGUUGGGGGCAAUAUGCUGACUCUGUAAACUGCUUAGACAGGGUUGUAAAGCACUGUGAAAUGGUAUAUAAAUCUAAGUCCUAUUGCUAUUUAAAUGUAAGAAUAGUUUUACCUUGCAUGAAAGUUAUUAUUUGACCAUAAGCCCAUCAGUCUAGCUCACUAUUGGUCUUUUCUGAAAAAAACUUCCUGGGUUGACACCCAAAGCAGUAUCUUCAUAGAGAAUCUUGUUUUAUUAUUAUUGCAAAACCUUAGGAUGUUACAACAAAAGGAUUCUUAAAGUCAAGAUUCAUCUUAACCUUGUCAUACCACAAGUAGACAUGCCAUCCAAAUCUUAAUUCAUGGCCCUCUAAUUCAAAUAAUCUCUUGUUUUGGAGAGUCGCCCACUUUCAUAAAGACCAAGCAGCAAAUAUCAAAAUACAAUUUCAACCGAAAGCUCUUCUUUCUUUGGCAAUUAAUUAUCGUUUUUUUCCCUUUGCCAUAUGAAUUUAAAAUAGGUUUUUGCCAGUGUUUAAAUGGGAUAUCAGGUUGACAAUAUUGGUAAAGUCUGAAAUAAAAAUAACAUCUUUGAUAAAACAUCAAUAAAACAUAUCAAAUCUUAAUAAGGUCUUUUUAAAUGCAAUUCCAUACAAGAACAAAAUUGUUUUGAAACAGUUUGGAGUUUGUAUUUGUCCAUGUAAUUCUAAGGUAUUUAAUCCUUUUAUCCAUCUUAAAACCUGACUCUCUUGUCAAUAUUUCAUGUUCUUGAGAAGCCAUAUUUUUAACAUGCAUUUUUGUUUUCUGUUUAUUUGUUUUGAAGCCUGCUAAAGCUCCAAAGUCUUUCAGCUUCUUUGUCAAGUGUUUUGGGAUCUUGCAAGAAUAUAUAUCUAAGUCAUCAGUGAAAACACUCGAUUUAUAAACUUCUUUUCUGAUUUUUAUUCCUGUAAUGUUCUUAUCCUCUCAGAUACCGCUAUUUAAAACUUCUAACAUUUACAUAAAUAACAGGGGAGAUAGCUUGUAUUCUUUUGAAUUUCAUAUGUUUUAGUUAAAUCUCCAUUAAUGAUAAUAUUUGCUUGCUAUGAUGGGUAUAUCGCCAUAAUUGAAUCUGCUACUUCUUUAUUGCUGUGAUUGUGAGACAAGUACAUUUUUCUGUAGUUACCUGUAUCUGAAACCCUAACUUCUUCACUUAAGUAUCUAAGAAUAAAGAAAAAAAAUCAAUAGAAAAUAUAUUUAAGCACCUUGCAUUUUGUUGCCAAAUAAGUUUUGUUAAAUAGCUAGCAUUUCUCAACUAUUUCUCAUGGCAGAUGUGGAAGAACUAUUUAAACCAUCCUGCUUGGUAAUGAAAUAUGAAAGAUAUGAUCUCAUAUUGUAGAACUUAAAUAUGUCUCCCCAAAUAGAUUUCUGUACAGAGGCCUACAUCAUAAGCAGUUUCAAUUUCCAACCUGUAUCCUAGCCAUACUGAAAACACAUUAAAUAUACAUUUCUCAAUAAAGAUCAUUACAUACUAUUCUUGCUAAAUGUUAUAAAGAAUAUUUUAAAAUCAAAGUAUUUCUGGGAAAUUAACUCUAUAAGUGGUCACUUCAACUUGAACAUUUUUAUUUAUGUUCAACAUUGGUUCAAUAAGGGUGCGAUGUCUGACAGAAAUUUCAAGUUGAAUGAUUUUUUUCUCCUUCAUUCGCUGCAUUUUUUAUCUUCAUGGAGUCUGUCCUUUUAAAAGACUGUAAAUCUUGAGGAACAAUUUUUAAAGAGGUAAGCAACUCUAUGCAACUUUCAUUCUGUUACUUUUUCUGCCAUCUUCAGUUGUGAGUCAGGAAAAAAAAUCAUGAUUCUAUAGUUCUUUAACUCAAACAAGAUAUUUCACUGUGGAUGAGUGGGAUGAUUUUUGUUUUCGUUUUUUCUUAAUAUCAUUGUUUAUCACUAUAUACCACUAAUUUAAACAAUGACAAAGGUGAUAAAGUUGUUUCAGUGCCAGAUAGUUUUCUAUCCAAAAAGGGAAAUGAAAUUUUUUUCUGCAUCAACAUAAUUAUAUUUUCUAAAUUAUAGGAAGUAGUAAUUGCAUUACAUUUAAAGCCCUCUCAAGUACUAUAUCCAAGGUUGGGCAAAAUAGUAUAGUUUCU